GGGCUCACAGCAACAAAGGAGCCAUGUCCACAAUUAUAUUUAUAGCGUCCACACACAAAAGGCUGGCGGAGUUAUCCCGGUCGCCCCUCCUCAGAGAGCCCGGGAAUGUCAAGGGGGAUGUGUCAGCUCUGACUGGAAUUAUGUCAUUCAACACCGGGCUUUUUUUUUUCUAACUUCUUGAAAGUGCUUCCUUAUGGGGCUGAUUGACAGCAAAGCUCCAGAGCGGAGUAUAUAAGUGACCGAAGGCUUCUCCUUCUGCAUUCUGGACAAGCUCCCCACCAGACACCGGAGACCUCUGAGGAAACCAUUACAAGGAGGAUAUUUGCAUUGGAAGCCACACAAUUUAUAGCACUUUAUUCAGCUGCAGAUAGGAGUUAUGCUGCAAAGAAAACUGGUGUGGUUGCCUAUAUUUAUUACAUUCUGUGCUUCCCUUCAUGCUCAAGAUGAAGAAAAAGAAGAUGAAACCACUUUUGAUCUGUUUGACAUCAGUAACAUAAACAAGAAGACCAUUGGAGUCAAACUGUUUCGUGGACAGGAUCCCCUUUCUCCAGCAUAUCGUUUCCUACGCUUUGAUCACAUACCACAUGUUAAAUCUGAAAAGCUGAAACAGAUUGUUGACUUGAUGCAACUAAAUGAAGGUUUUAUCCUGACUGCUUCCAUGAGGCAAGACAAACUUAACCGAGGAACAUUAAUUGCUAUAGAGGGCCCUGGCAUUUCCAACAGAUUAUUUGAGCUUGUUUCAAACGGAAAAGCCAAUACUCUGGACCUAAUAUAUUGGGUAGAAGGUUCGCAAAAUGUGAUUUCCUUCGAGGAUGUUGACCUGGCAGACUCUCAGUGGAAAAAUAUUACAAUUCAACUGACGGGUGAAACCUUCAAUCUGUAUGUUGGUUGUAACCUUAUAGACAGCUUCCGCCUGGAGGAAACCUUCUAUGAGCAUUUAAGAGGAGUGAACAACAAAAUGUAUUUGGCAAAGGGCUCAAUACGUGAAAACCACUUUAGGGGACUGCUUCAAAAUGUUCGACUGAUAUUUGAAACCACAGUUGAGGAUGUUUUAAGAAAUAAAGGCUGUCAGCUAAGCCACACAGGUGAUAAUGCAAUCAGUGAGAAUACAGAUAUGAUCCAUCUCACACCUAUCACCGAAUAUGUGGGGAAAAAAGAAGAUAGACAAGUUGACUUCUGUGAUCGAUCAUGUGAAGAGCUAGGGACUAUGUUUACUGAAUUGUCUGGACUCCGUGUUAUUGUCAAUAAUCUGCUGGAAAACCUUCAGAAAGUGUCUGAAGAAAAUCAGGAGUUGUGGGAGCUGAUUGGCCCCAACAGAACCCUAAGGAAUCAGUCAGUGUGCUGGCAGGAUGGGCGCAUCUUUGCCGAUAAUGAGGACUGGAUUGUAGAUAGCUGCACAAAAUGCACCUGCCAGAGUUCAAAAACAGUUUGCCACCAGAUCACUUGCCCAACCGUUCACUGUGACAACCCAUCGUUUGUGGAAGGAGAGUGUUGCCCAAAUUGUCUGUCAUCAGACAGUGAAGCUGGCUGGUCUCCAUGGUCUGAAUGGACAGAAUGCUCUGUAACUUGUGGCUCAGGAACUCAACAGCGUGGAAGGUCAUGUGAUGCAACCAUUAGCACAUGCCCUGGCUCAUCAAUCCAAACAAGAGCGUGCAAUCUUGGGAAAUGUGAUAACCGCAUACGACAGGAUGGUGGUUGGAGUCAUUGGUCACCAUGGUCAGCUUGUUCUGUAACUUGCGGCAUUGGUAAUAUUACUCGUAUUCGUUUGUGCAACUCUCCUAAGCCACAGCUCGGAGGCAAAAACUGCAUUGGAAGUGGACGUGAAACAAAAGAAUGUGAAGGUGUACCAUGCCCAAUUAACGGUAAAUGGGGACCUUGGUCACCUUGGUCAAGUUGCACAGUGAGCUGUGGAGGAGGCCUACGAGAGAGGUCUCGUAUCUGCAAUAACCCCAUGCCAAAAUAUGGAGGAAAGAAAUGUGGUGGAGAUACUAAAGAAAAAGAAAUGUGUAACAAGCAAGAUUGUCCUAUAGAUGGAUGCUUAUCCAACCCUUGCUUUCCUGGGGCUGAAUGCAGUAGCUAUUCUGAUGGAUCCUGGUCAUGUGGAGCUUGCCCUGUUGGAUACAUUGGCAAUGGAACAUUUUGUGAGGAUCUUGAUGAGUGUGCACUGGUGUCUGAUGUCUGCUUCAGAUUGGGAGGUGUCCAUCGUUGUGUGAACACAGAUCCAGGUUUCUAUUGCCUGCCAUGCCCACCACGCUAUAAGGGCAGUCAACCAUUUGGUGUCGGAUUAGAAGUUGCCAAGAAAGAUAAACAAGAAUGUGAACCAGUAAAUCCAUGCAAGGACAAAACUCACAACUGCCAUAAGAAUGCAGAAUGUAUUUACAUAGGCCACUUUAGCGAACCAUCCUUUAAGUGUGAAUGUCAAACUGGCUAUGCAGGUGAUGGUAUAAUCUGUGGAGAAGAUACCGAUUUGGACGGAUGGCCCAAUACUAAUCUUAUUUGUGCUGCCAAUGCUACAUAUCAUUGUAUUAAGGAUAAUUGUCCCAUGCUGCCUAACUCUGGACAAGAAGACUUUGACAAGGAUGGCAUUGGUGAUGCGUGCGAUAAAGAUGAUGAUAAUGAUUCAGUAGAUGAUGAAAAGGAUAAUUGCCCUCUGCUUUUUAACCCUCGUCAGUUUGACUAUGACAAGGAUGAAGUAGGAGAUAGAUGUGAUAACUGCCCUUAUGUGCACAACCCUGCUCAGAUAGAUACUGAUAAUAAUGGGGAGGGUGACGCUUGUUCUGUGGACAUUGAUGGAGAUGACAUCUUAAAUGAGCUGGAUAACUGCCCAUAUGUAUACAAUACUGACCAAAUAGAUACAGAUAAAGAUGGAGUGGGUGACCAAUGUGAUAACUGUCCUCUGAUGCAUAACCCUGACCAGACUGAUGUGGACAAUGACCUUGUGGGAGACCAGUGUGAUAGCAAUGAAGACAUUGAUGAUGAUGGUUACCAAAAUAAUUUGGACAACUGCCCCUACAUACCUAAUGCAAACCAAGCAGACCAUGAUAAGGAUGGAAGAGGAGAUGCCUGUGAUUCAGAUGAUGACAAUGAUGGUAUCGUAGAUGAUCGGGACAAUUGUAGACUAGUCUAUAACCCUGAUCAGCGGGAUUCCAAUGGUGAUGGCCGUGGUGAUGCCUGCAAGGAUGAUUUUGAUAAUGACAGCAUUCCUGACAUUUUUGAUGUCUGCCCAGAAAACAGUGGAAUUAGUGAGACAGACUUUAGAAAAUUCCAGAUGGUUCCUCUGGAUCCUAAGGGAACAGCACAGAUUGAUCCCAAUUGGGUCAUUCGCCACCAGGGCAAAGAACUAGUUCAGACUGCCAAUUCUGAUCCUGGAAUAGCCGUGGGUUAUGAUGAAUUCAGUGCAGUGGACUUCAGUGGAACAUUUUUUGUGAAUACAGAUCGGGAUGAUGACUAUGCUGGCUUUGUUUUUGGUUAUCAGUCUAGCAGCAGGUUUUAUGUUCUCAUGUGGAAACAAGUCACACAGACAUACUGGGAAGAUAAACCAUCCAGGGCCUAUGGUUACUCUGGAGUUUCACUAAAAGUUGUCAAUUCUACAACAGGCACUGGUGAGCACUUAAGAAAUGCUCUUUGGCAUACCGGAAAUACACAAGGAGAGGUGAGAACAUUGUGGCAUGAUCCCAAGAAUAUUGGCUGGAAAGAUUAUACUGCAUAUAGGUGGCAUCUAACUCACAGACCAAAGACUGGUUAUAUUAAAGUUGUUGUCUAUGAAGGAAAACAGAUCAUGGCAGACUCUGGCCCACUAUUUGACAAGACCUAUUCAGGUGGACGGCUGGGAUUGUUUGUUUUCUCCCAAGAGUUGGUAUAUUUCUCUGAUCUCAAGUAUGAAUGCAAAGAUUUUUAAGACAUAUUUGUGCACUGCACAUCCUAUUUGACCAAGACAUCUGACCUCAACUCAACUUAGGACUCCUAUCUGUCAUCAAAAUGACCUCUUUACUGCAGGCAUGGCAAUUCCUCAUGUAACCUAAGGACAUUGUUAAAGAAGAACAGGUUGCAAUAUUGCAGCCCAUUAUCUGAGAGACCAAGUAUCCAAAUUAUUACUAGAUUGAUAUAUCAAGAGUUUAAAAUGGAUGAUUUGUGUAAAAUGGGUCUUGGAAUUUAAAUUUGGUGUAUACCAUUGUCACCAUUGCUUGAUUCCUUGUUUUCAAUUUCUAAUUUAAUACAUGGAAUUGUUUCACAUAAAGUGUAGGUCUAGCUUUAUUUACAUGCCCUAGGUUUAAGGUUAUAUUCACACUAUGUAUUAUGAAGUGUAUUUCUAGAGAAAUACAAAUUUUCUGCAUGUAUUUUGAUCUGUUUUAUGCAUACUUGAUAUGUACAGUGGGAUGCUAAAGUUUGGGCAAACUUGUUAAUCGUCAUGAUUUUCCUGUGUAAAUUGUUGGUUGUUAUGA